CAAUUGUAUGUUGUUAGGUUUCGAUCCAUCAUUGUCGCAGUCUCCACCGUUGUUCACUCCUCCUCUCAAUGGUGGAUAGAUUGAUCUUGAAGCUUCUGCACACUGUCGACUUUUGUCUGCUCUAUGCCUCAUUCCCCAGCAUUGUAGUAGUGUUUCUUCCCUUGUCCAAUUUCCACCUGCUCCUGCCACCUAGUACCCGACGAGUUCCUUAUGGCACAUGUUGCAAAACAAACAAAACAACGUCCGCCACGCCCGCUUCUACCAGCCUACUCACCAUCCCCUCCAGGAAACAGCGCUGGCGUAAUGGAAAGCUCACAACUCGCCUUAAACCGGCCGGAGCCAGUAAGAACGGCUUGCAACACGUGUCGGAAAAGGAAAAUCAAGUGCUCCGGGCAUCGACCUGUCUGCAAUUCCUGCGCCAAAAACGUUCACGAUUGCGUAUAUGCCACAGCCAAUGCCGAUGAAACUUCGCACCAAGCCUUGAAACGAAAGUACGACACCCUCGCUGAGGACAGCCAGGUAUACCAAACUCUCUAUCAGCUGCUCCGAAAUGCGUCCGAGGCCGAGGCCCAGCAUAUUCUCUUCAGAAUUCGCAUGGGUACUGACGCGAAAAGCCUGGUCAGUCAGAUCAAGGAGGGUGACCUCCUCCUUCAGCUGGCCUCGGUACCGGAAACCCGACGUCGGCACAGCUUUCCCCAUAUCCCGGCUAUACCACCAUCUCUUCCGGCGCCGGAUAACCCGUACCUUGACUCUGUAGUUUGAUGUGCCACGUUCCAUGAGUCGGCACUGCCAUCGCCUGGCAAUAGCAAUCCUACCAAAACACAGUAUCUAGCUCCACAUCAUGCCGCCACGGUGAUCAACCCACGUUCAAGCUACAGUUUCGGUUUCCAAAUGGACUUCAGUACUUUCAGAUGGCCAGUUUCUGCGGGCCCUUCUUCAGGACUAUAUCGUUGACGAUCCACCCUAGUUCCCCCGCCUUCCAGAUGGAUACCAUCCUGGAAGCUAUUG